GGUCUUGCCCCUCUGCUGGUGCAUCAGGAUCCGAAUUACGCCGCCACCAGCGGCAUCGACUUCUCUUUCGGUCAAGAUCCCCGGCUCUUGCCUCCGUGAAAGGCUCCGGUCGGGGCUUCCCACCUUCGCACCGGAGCUCGACAACAUUUCCUGCCCAGCGCGCCGUGGCUCAGAUGGCUCGUCUCUCAGCUCGGCGUGAUGCGCCACUGUGGAACCUUCGAGCACCUUUUUGCAGCCAUUCCAGUCCAUCCACCUCGCGUCUUCGCAAACCUAGUCAUCCUUGCUAUGCUCACUGCGUCUUUGCUACCUGCGCACGCAAUCUUUCUGUAUACCAUUCCAGGCGUGUCAAUCAUCCUUGCAAAGACCUCUCAAUUCCGGACUUCACUACGUUCGGCAAUAUCUUGGUUGAUGCUUAUUCAUCAAGGCGGACGGUACCAGUUCCGUAUGGGACUACAAUGUGCUUGAACCAUCUCAGCUUUCUGGCCUCGCCUGCGGGCCAGGGCUGCGCAGCUCCUAGAGACAAUGCAUCACACGCCCACAAGUCUGCGACUCGUUCUUGUGUUAACGUCGGGCGUUGCCCCAUUCUUCGUGAGCUGGAUGAAAGCUCACGCCCAACGGACGAAGCCUCGCUUCUUGCCACACGACCGGGCCAUAGUGGGACACGAAUGCCUCUCAGAAAGCCAGUCAGCUUCACUAUCAUCGCGAUGUCCUGCCUUCCAGCGUGCUCGGAGCUUUUGUGGUCCUCAGAUCCAGAACGUUGUCGCCACGGCGUCUGCGCAGAUUUGAAUUUGUGACCCCGCAAUGCGCGAUGUUCGCAAUACUUCAUGACGUGCAAGACGUAAAAGGGUUGCGAGCCUGCAAAGGUGAGCCACAACAUCCUUGCUUCACAUUUGAUCUCAGGUGCAGAAGUCUGCUCCGCGCCUGGCCGAGAUCUUUCCGUGGGUGGGUGGCAA